AUGCAGCCCGAAGCCCAGAACGCGAUUUCUGGUCCGAGGGGCCCGCUGGAAUGGGGGCAGGUUAAUUUCUUGCAUACGACGGACACGCAUGGGUGGCUUGAAGGACACCUCAAGGAGCAGAAUUACGGCGCAGAUUGGGGCGACUACGUGAGCUUCACCAAGGGAAUGAAAAAGAAGGCUCGGGAAUUGGGUGUAGAUCUGCUGCUAGUGGAUACGGGUGACCUGCACGAUGGAGCUGGUUUGUCCGAUGCCACUGUUCCCAAUGGCAAAAUCUCGAACGUCAUUUUCGAGAAUGUUGAUUACGAUCUCCUUACCAUUGGAAACCACGAGCUCUACGUCACGGAAAUCGCCUACGAGACGUUCGCCAACUUCUCAAAAGUCUACGGCGACAGGUAUCUCACGAGCAACGUGCAGAUCAUUAACCCUGCGACUGGCGAGUUCGAGUACAUUGGACACAAGUACCGGUACUUUACGACUGAGCAGGGGCUAAGGAUCAUGGCUUUUGGCGUUCUGUUCGAUUUCAAGGGUAAUUCGAAUGUGUCCAAGGUUAUCCAGGCUGCCGAGCUUGUCCAGCAGCAAUGGUUUCUUGAUGCUGUGAAUUAUAAAAAACCUGUUGAUUUGUUCGUUAUUACAGGCCACAACCCCGUCAGGAGGAACGACACCAGCAGCACCAUUGGGAAGGUGGUCGAUGCUAUUCGCAAGGUGCACCCGGAUACUCCUAUCCAAGCGUUUGGUGGACACUCGCACAUUCGAGACUUUGCAGUCUAUGACACCAAGGCAACCGGACUGGAAUCUGGUCGCUACUGUGAGACGUUAGGAUGGCUUGCGCUGUCUGGUAUCGAGUCGGACAACUGCAAAUCCAAGGCUCCUCGUGGCGUUCCCAACCCUACACGCAAGCCCGUUCCUCCUCCAAGCAGCACUACGAGUCCCGGUUCCAGCGUUCCGAGCUCAACUAGCUCUUCCGAUCUCCUCGUAGCCCGACGAUACCUUGACUGGAACCGUCUGACGUUCGCUUACCAUGCUAAAGGUAGUCAAAAGCAUGCCACCUUUGACACUGCAAAGGGCAAGAAAAUCACAUCCGAGAUCACCUCGGACCGCGAGAAGCUCAACCUCACGAGCCUCUACGGCUGCGCGCCCCAAUCCUACUGCCAAACCUGCCAACCUUUCCUCGCCGAAGGCAACCUCUUCGCGCUCCUCCAAACUGCCCUCUCCACCGUCGUCGUCAACGAGACCCGCAAAGACACUCCCCGCCUCAUCAUCAUCAACACCGGCUCCGUGCGAUUCGACCUCGCCAAAGGCCCCUUCACCUACGACGACUCCUUCAUCGUGUCCCCCUUCAAAGACGCCUUCCAAUUCCUCCCCGACGUACCGUACACCCAGGCCUCAAAGGUCCUUGGCAUCCUCAACGCGGGGCCCUACCAGAAGAAGCGCGACCUCUCCACCAGUGACUUCAACUUUGGCCCUGUGCUGGCUGACCGCGAUAUCUGCGUCGACCCCCCGCUCACGCAAGCUUCCGGCAUGGCUAAGCGCUCCACUGCCCGUGUAAUCCGCAGACAGGCCGCCGAACCCUCGCCGGGCUACACCACGACCGACGACUUCGGGUCCGACGGCGACGACACGGUACACGCACGCAUCCCGCACUACGCGCAGCCCAACGAUCUGCAGGCCAACUCGUCCUUCCCUACUGACGGCUCGCUCCCGGAGAAGGUCGAUCUCGUGUUCCUGGAUUUCAUCGCGUCGAAUAUCGUGGAUGCGUUGAACGAGCCGGAUGUCGGGGGUACCUAUAGCGUCGCGGAUGUGAGUUACUACAUGGACAAGAGCUUCACGACAAACAGUUAUUUGCCGGCGUAUGCAAAGGUGGCGUGGCAGGCGAACGUGCCGGAUUGUCCGGUGGGGGCGGGAAUUGGGAGUUCGUAGGUGAUGUGGGGUGACGAGUGACGAGUAAUGAGGAAAAGGAAAAUUACCGUU